CCCAACUCAGUUCACGCACCAGAACAUGCCUCACUGUCACUGGAUUGGCGCAAAAUGGAGGCUAAUUUCACGCCAAACUUCGAAUCCAUGGCGGCCUCGAAAAUUCCGAUCAGACGACGCGCUGGAAGCGAUAGCGAAAGCGGCUGAAGAGAGAGUCCGAACCGUGGCGCUUUACAACACUACUCAUUUUCCGGCGCAAUCUCCGCUCUAUUCGCUCACCUCUACCGCUCCCGCCUUAAUCUCUCUUCCCUUAUCUUGCCUUUCUCCUCCGUUGAACCUCUCAGGUUCUUUAAUCUUAACAUUUCAAAUUAUGCAAGCAUCAGUUUUCUUAUAAUUUCUUUGAAUUUCACAGGAUCGAAGAUUUUUGCGUUGAAGGACGGGACUAGACACGUGUUAUCGACUUCGUCGAUCCGAAAGGAUUUGCCACAAGGCUUUCACAGCAAUUAAUGUGCGAAGUGGUUGCCUUUGAUCAUCGAAAGUCGGCACUUCCACAAAUCAACUUUUCUGGAGAUCUGAGAGUUGCAUUCAAUGCUAAUCUUGAGAAGAGUAGCUCUAUUGCUGUAUAUGAGUAUUUUUCUAAUAAGCUUGCGACAAUGAUAUCUCUUGGUGUGGGGGCUGCCAAUUUGUUGAACUUAGAAGACCGAGGUCGUGUUGAAAAUGUUCUGAAGUAUAUUGAAGAUGCAGAUCUUUGUAGAUGGAGCUUACCGGAAAUUAAAGCUUUUAUGGUCGGAAUCAGUGAGUUGCGUUCCAAGUUGAAUUGCAUCACGAAUCCAUACAUGUAUGAGCAGUUACUUGGGAUCAGUUCAACUGAUUUGAUUGCUAAGGGAAAUCUGCAUAUUUCCUCUCGCCAAAUAGCUGCAAACGAGUUUCUGGAUAAGACAUUUAAAGUUCGAUUGGGCCGAGGAUUGUAUGGGGAAUGCCUGGGAGUUAGAGCAGAUGGAAACUCCGAUUUAAGCGACGAAAUCGGCAAGCAACUAAGCCUAAAAAGUGUCACUGCUGGUCUAAGGUAAAUAUAUCAUAUAUAAAAUGUUUAAGGAUGAAGACUUCCUAGUCCUACCAAGGUUGUCAGUACUAUAGUGGUACUGCUGGUUCCGGUAAUCAUGUUCCUUUCUGAACAAACAAAUUCUUGUUGUGGUAUGUAUCAUUAUCUCUUUUUCCUACCGGAACUAGGGAUGGCAAAAAAAACCCAAAUUCGAUGGGAAAAAUCGAAAAUCGAAUUAAACGGG